CGGCAAACGUUUUGCAGAACGAACGCCAACGUUUGAAACGUUGAAAACGUAGAAAUUCACGAGCGGUUGGUUUAGUGCGGUAUUUUGUUUAACCGUGGUCGUGGUGUAAGACAUAAAAAAAAAAUUAAUCGUGAUAAGUCGUGAAUUGUGAUAACGAUAACAGCAAUAGUAUAAACAAAAACAACCACGGUACUGGUUACUAGAACGAAACAGACCAAACGCUGGAUCAUGGCGUUUGCAAUGUUUGCAAACGUUUACAGCUUCGUUUAGCAACCGGACGUUCCGAAUUUCUCCGUUAUCAAACGUUUGCAACGUUUGCCGCUCCAGAAUUUCCUCAUAGAUUAUCUAUGGUUGUGCCAUCUCCCAUGGUAUUAAACGAAAUUUAACUGGCCGAAUUUUCCCGGUUAUAAAAUCUGUUAUCAGCCGAUUAAGCGCAAUCGAAGUGUAUCGAAUUAUUCUAAACUGUUAUCUAGACUGUUAUUCUUGAAAUAUUCUCGUAAUCUCGUGUUGUUGAUCAUAAUAUUAUUAAUAUUUGACAUUUUGACGAAUAAAAUGUCUAGCACAUUAUCGGUUCUUUCUGUUGCUUAACCCUAUCAACUUACCGUUAACAAAAUGUGGAUAACAAUGAAAACACAUAACAUUCAAAAUGAAGAAGAUAUUGAUGAAAUAUUAUUGAAUAAUAUGAAUGAAUUUAACAACGUUUUUGAGUUGAAUAAGAAAAGUAUUCUACAAUCUAACAAGAAAACUACACCUGGUAUGGAUUUUAUUUUGCUCGAGACUAACCUAACUUCAUUACAAAUUCAAAAAAAAAACUCUUCAAAAUCUAUAUUGAGAAAAAACAGUAAAAUGUAUUAUGUAAGUUGUAUAGACAUCAAAAACAAAAAGGGUGAAUGUUUCAGUUCGUUAAUAGAUAAUUUAUCUGAAAAUGAUAGAAUAGUUAUAAUUAACGCAGUUGUACUCAAACAGUUUACAAUGUCCAAUUCUAACAAAUUAACUGUUGUAGUUCGAUCACAAAACAACUCUUCAGUUAUCUUAUUUAAAUGUAGAAAUUUGUUAGAAAAAUCAAUUUCAGUAUCAGAAAAAAAUUUUUCCUCAUUAACUGGUUCUGGUGUUUAUUCGAUAUAUGGAAUUGUAAAAAAAAUCUUAAGAUAUUAUAAUGAAGAUUUAAUAUCAUUAAGAUUGCUAAGUCCUGAUAAAUCAAGCUUAAAAACUCUCAAAUAUUUUCAUUUUAAUAGUGGAUAUAAAAAUAUUAUAAAUAAUAAAACAGCAUCUGGUUUGAAAUAUGAUUUUCUUUCAAACAAAGUUGAUAUUUUAGUUAAAACCCCAAGUAAAGAUUUUACGUCAUUGUCACUUAAUCAACGAAUAUGUUUAAACAAUGUAACAGUGGAAAAUAUAAACGAUUCAGACAUAUUUUUACUGCAUAUGAACGGAAAUAGUCAUAAUAUAAAAGCUGUUCCAAUAGAUAUAAAAACUAUUAGACCUCCAAGACUUUUAAUACCUGAUGAAUUAAAACCUGAAAUUCUGCCUAAAUUCAAAAAAUUAUCUGAUGAUGUCCAAUUGGCUUCAAACAAAACUGUUCGGGAGUUAAAUAAAAAUAUUACUGCAUUGAAGAAGACUUUAAAUGUUCAACAAAGUAAACAUCGUAAAAUAAAAUGCAUAGAGUUAUCUGAUGAUGAUGAUGAUGAUGAUAUUGUUAAUUUAUCACCAUGUCGAGACUUUUCAACAUCUACACAGAUUAUUAAAAAGAGCAAUUAUGUUCAUAACAAUGCAAGUUCAUUCGGCAAAAAUAAAGUUAAUAUUAUUGAUGAUAAUGCAUUACCUAUCAAACAUUUAAGAUCAGAUGACAAAGUCCAAAAAUAUAAUGACAACUCAUUACUUACUACAUCGAAUAAAGAUACCUCUUUGCCUAAAAGUAAAAUAUGUCCUCAAAGAGAUAUUUCACCAAGUUCAUAUUCUGAUGGUUCAUGUUCACCUAGUUUCUUUGUGAGUCAACCAAAGUCAUUAAUAUUGAACCAAGAUGACAAAGUCCAAAAAUAUAAUGACAACUCAUCACUUACUACAUCGAAUAAAGAUAACUCUUUGCCUAAAAGUAAAAUAUAUUCUCAAAGAGAUAUUUCACCAAGCUCAUCUUCUGGUAGCUCAUGUUCACCUAGUUUCAUUAAUAGUCAACCAGAAUCAUUAAUAUUGAACCAAGAUGCUCGAGCAAAUAAUUUUGAAUCUAAUACUGUAAGCCAACCUACGCAGUGUAUAGGUCCUUGUAGACUUAUUCAUAUUGUACCAAACGUAUUUGAUAGUAAUGAAAUUGUGAGUGGAUACUGCAUGAAAUGCAACGCAUUUGUUCAAAAAUGUUACCUCAAAUUGACACCUCAAUCUUCAAAUAUGGAGUACAAGUGUCCUAAAUGUUCUACCAUUGUACAGCUUACAUUUUUUUUCAUUAUGAAUUUUCUUUACGGAAAAAAUGAAUCGCAAGCUAUAGAAGUAUGCUGUUACGAUAAAAAGGCUGAAAGUGUUGUCAGGAAAAUUUCGAAGAAAAAAAUAAAACUUGAAGAUUAUUUAUCAGACCAAAAUAAUAAACAACUAGUCAUAAGUUCCAUGAAAUCACUUAUAAAUAAUAGAACAAAAGUAAACAUAGUUGUUUGUUUUUCACCAGAGGAUAACAAAAACAUACUUCUAGGAAUAGAUAUGAAAUAUGUUGUUACAACCCCAAUACAAUGAACAAAAUUAUUAUUGUAUGUUUUCACUUGUUUAUUUUAUAUUAUUGCAAUUUGUAAAUAAGCCCUGUAUAAUUAUUAACUGUUUUUAUUAAAUAUUUAAAGUUCAUUAUUUGUAUUUUGUGUGAUUUCAGUCAAUAAAUUCAUAAAUUAUUUUGGUAUAGAUAGUAUGAACCAAAAAUAAAAUUCCAAAUUUUCCUUAUAUAGUAAAAUAAAUUUGUUUUGUUGAUUAAAUUAAUAAUUACAUGUAAUACUCCCAAUCAUAUAGACAAUUAUAUAUUUUCAGACGUACUAAUUGUACUGAUGAGUUAGUACUUAAAAAGUAGCUGGUGUUCGUCAUAAAAUCGAGUACUUUUUGAAAAAUAAAUCCUACGUCUGUUCACUUAUAGGUUAUAGCUUACAGGAACUGAGCAAAAAAAUUUUAAAAUAUUUGUUUUAUUCAGUUUAAAACAGUGUAAAAUUUAAGAGAAUAUUAAUUGUUUUAAACAAAAAAUACAGUUUUUUUCAAAAAUUAUAAAAUACAACAACUCAGCUAUAACCAUUCCUAAAUGCACUAUAUAAAGACAUCAACACACUAAUAUUUAAGUAUAUAAACAGUAAUAUACCUGAUAAAUACAUUAGUUAUAUUAUAUUAUUUAGGUGAUAAAAUAAGUGACCAUGUAUAAACGAUAAAAAAAACUAUUUCGUUUAGUAACUGAUGUUAAAAUAAAUAAUAAUU